AAUCUUGGACUUGGAGGGCCGACUCUUUUAGACCUUCAAAUUAUAGCAAACUGUUCACUAGAACAAGCCUCUCUGUUCUUUACAGCUAUCUCAUGUGGAUAUUUAGUUUCAUCUCUUGUUAUUGGAGUCACUUUUGACAGAUUUGAUAAAUUUUUGCAUAUUGUUUUCGGAAAUGUCGGCAUCACAAUCGUUAUGGCUGCCAUACCAUGGUGCAAAUAUUAUGAACUCAUGUUCACAAUGCAUGUUCUAAAAGGAUUUAUGUGUGGAUUUUCAGAUGGAGUUGCUUCUACCCUUUUGAUUCACCUUCUUGGUCAAGACUGCAGAAGAUAUAUACAGAUUCUUCAUUUUUUCUUCACAGUUGGAGGAAUGCUAUCACCGCUAGCCACUGCUCCUUUCUUAAAUCAGUUUGAAGGAUCGGAUAUAAUAAAAAACGUGUCGUAUGAUGGGAUAUUUAAUGUAACAACUUUGCUUUACAACAAUAGUAACGCACCCACGGUUCAAAAUUCACAUGACCUUUCAAUUUUACGAAAUACUAGCGAGAGUUCACUAACAACGGAAAUUUAUAAACCAUUCUUAAUUUCUGCAGGAUUAAGUUUUCUGUCAGUUGUUCCAUUUUUUGUCAUGUACUUUACAUUUGAUAAGCAACUGACGGAAACAAAACAAAAAAAGGAAUCAAAAGUAGACAAAAACUGUGAACUUCCAAUAUUGCUCCGUAUCCCAGCUUUAUUGAUAAUAGCCUUAUGUUCAUCAGUUUACACAGCACUUGAGGAUUCGUUUGCCAGUUUUUUGGCGACGUUUGCUGUAAAGCAGUAUCAAUGGGGAAAAUCUGUAGCUUCAUAUGCUACAUCACUUUACUGGGCUUCAUUUUCAGGUGGUAGUCUUAUCGGAAUAUUUAUAGCGCCAUUAUUUGAUUUGUCUAAAUUCUUGACUUUCUACAGUUUGAUGAUAGUUUCAUCAUUUACCGUGCUCUUGUUGACUACUUUAUAUGGACUUGAUGGUGGCAUUUGGGCAUCUGCUGCCAUAUGUGGAUUCUUUAUGUCGGUUUUCUUCCCAUUGUUUUUCGCAUGGGCAGAAGAGGAUUUCCUUCAUGUUUCUGCUCGAGUUACGGCUUUGAUAAUGAUAUCAGGAAGCAGUGGGGUAAUAAUCAACCCGGUAAUUCUUGGGCAGUUUAUGGAAGUAUCACCUGUUUGGUUCUGUUACAUCUUACUAGGAGAAAGUAUUGUAUUGUUCCUACUUUUUUGCGUUGGCACUCUCCUAUCAAAGAAAACAAGAAGAUUUCGAAUGUUGUCAAAACUUGAAAUUCGUGUGGACAGAAACGGGGAAAUAUAUGAAAACGAAAAUUCAGAUGUAAAACUCGACAAAAAUAUUGAAAUAACAAAAUUCUGAACAAAAUUUUUUUUUUAUCACGUGUUAGAUUAAUUCAAAUAAAAUAAUUCAUCAAAGA